AUGUCUUCCGCAACACCUGCAGAAGAUCCCAGUGCUCGACGUAAACGGCCCGCCAGGAAGUAUACCUCCCGUGCCUGUGAGGAAUGCCGCCGGCGAAGAGCCAAGUGCGAUGGUAAUAGACCCUCCUGCUCACGGUGUCUGGAUCGCGGAAUCCGCUGCCAGUACUCGACCGCCGAGGAUGGGAGACAGCCCGCGCCUAAGGCGUAUGUGGUGAUGCUGCGAAAUCGGAUUGAGUUGCUAGAGCGUGUAUUGCACUCGCACGGUAUUGAUCCAGAAGCCUCAGUCGCACAAUUGAUGGCCGAAGAUGAACUUUCGAACCAACAUCAACCAAUUGACUCAGAGUGGGCAUCUGCUGGCUCGAAUUGCAACGUCGAGGACCUGUGUGGUACUUUUGACGGAGCAUUGACCCUGGACGAAUCAUUGAACUUUGAUCAGGAUGGUGAGGUUAGAUAUUUUGGUCCUACCAGUGGGAGACUCCUUUUCCGUUCUUCGGCAAAUGACUCUCCGAUCGAAGAGGCAUACUCAACAGAUCCAUCGUGUACAGGGUGCUCUACCAAUACGCCAGAAUUCCCAGAGACUCCCGCCUUGGCUUGUCGAUAUCAAGGAGCUGGCGAAGUUCCUCCACCGGACGAAUCUUGGUUAUCAGAUGAGCUUCGAGCGCAUUUAAUCGACUUAUACUUUGAAUGGGAACAGCCAUGGUUUCAGAUGCUAAACGAAACAAUCUUUCGAGAUAGCAUGGCCAGUGGCGGGCGGUAUUUUAGCCCUUUAUUACUGAGCUGUAUUCUUGCGGUGGGUUCUCGGUAUUGCGAUCGAGUGGAAGUUCGGUCUGAUCCUAACGAUCCCAACACGGCGGGUACAAUGUUCAUGUGCAAAGCGGAGAAAUUAAUACAGCAUGAUUUGAGAUGGCCCAAGAUCACUACCAUUCAAUCCUUGGCUAUCAUGGGCAUGUUUUAUAUCGCAACGGGUUCAGAUGCAGCAGGCUGGCUUCAUCAAGGCAUGGCAAACCGUCUUGCCUUGGACAUGGGUUUAAAUAUGGACCCGGCCGUUCUGGCUGGGACUGUCUCUCUCCCGCCCAUCGAGAUCGAGUUGAGAAGGCAGAUCUAUUGGGCUUUGUAUUGCCAUGAUAAGCUAUCUGCGAGUUAUGCUGGUAGAGUUUGCACUCUGCUGGAUUCACAAGGUGUUGUGAACAAGCCGUACCUACAGUGUGCAACCACCACAAUCUUACCUUCAGCCAAGGGAAACGGCCAACUGCGGGCUUAUUCGCAAAGGGACGUCGCUAAACUGCACCAAGCUAUGAUUGACCUUUGCCGGAUUCUCGAGAAGAUCCUCCACUCACUCUGGUCCCCUAGGCCUCUCCUCCAUGCCCAUCAGCGGUCCGCCUUCUUCGAUUCCUGCGUCCUCGAACUAAAAACAUGGUACUACGAUCUCCCCUCGGAAAUAAAAAUCGACCGAUCAUCCGGUCCAUCCAAGUUCCCACACGCCUACACAAUGCUCAUGGUCUACCACACAAUCUUCAUCCUCCUCUGCGGCCCCUUCAUGAACAAGCCUUCCUCCCCCUCCAACACGAAAGCCAAAGCAGAGAACCCAACCAGCACAACCCAACCCGAAAGCCAAGACGAAAAGCAAACCCCCGACCACUCCCGAACAACAAAAGCCCUCGCAAGCUGCAGUUCCUCAAUCCGUUCCAUGUGCCUCAUAAUCCAAAAAUACCGCCACACAUUCGGCAGCUUCAAAUUGAGCCCCAUAACAGCCACAUACUGCACUCUAUCCGCCGCACUAAUCAUAAUCGAAAAUUGCUGCACCAUCGAAAACAAAUCACCCCCGACCAGCACCACAAAGACGACACCCAGCUCAAAUUCCAGCCCAAACGCCUGCACCGACGAAUCCACCGUUCUGCGCGAAUUGUCAACGUCCUGGAACAUCGCCAAGCGAAUCGGUCGCAAUCUGGAAAAGGUUUAUGCUCAGCGCUUUGGAUCGGAUCAUGUUCCUUCUCCGCCUCCGCCGAAGGGGUGUGAUAUUGCGGCGUAUGAGGCGACUCAGGCCUCUGAUGCUUAUACACCCUGGGAUACGAAUGUGGCUUCGCUGGAUACUUUUGAUUCGUUCUUUGAUAAUAAGAAUGCUAUGCAUCUUCAGAAUCCGGUUGCUGUUCAUCUUGAGAAUCUGCCUCUUCACUCUGCUACAGACGUUAAUUCCGCUUAUUCGCAUCAGCACCAGUAUGAGCAUGAGCAUCAAAAUCAGAAUGAACGACCUCCUGUUACUGGUUUCGAUGGCAGUGUCGGUGUCGGUGUCGACGUCGGCGUCAAUGGUCCUGACUUUUCGAACUUGGUGAGUUCUGAUGAACUCUUUGCUCAGAAUUUGGGAUUUGCUUUCGAGCCGGAUUGUUUGCCGAGCGAUUAUAAUAUGUUUGACACGUUGAAUCAGAUAUAUUUAGAGGAGAGAUGGUGA